AUGGAUAAGCAAGAAUUUAUAGCUGCUCAUCCUGAAUAUGGAUAUAAUGGAACAAUAGAUGAAAUAUAUAAAAAUGAAUUUUCAAAUCAUUAUCCUUCAAAUCGAAUAUAUCUUGAUCAUGCUGGUACAACAUUAUAUACUCAAACACAAUUAGAUGAACAUUUUAAUCAACUUCGUACAUUAACAUUAAAUAAUCCACAUAGUGAACAAGAAGAUUCAAAAUCAUUAUUAUUAAUUCAAGAAUGUAUAGAAUUAAUUUUAUCAAUAUUUGAUACAUCAAGUCGUUAUUAUUCAAUUAUAUUUACAUUAAAUACAACUCAUGCAUGUCAAUUAUUAUCAUCAUUAUUUCCAUUCUCAUCAAAAUCUGAAUAUGCUUAUAUGAUUGAUAGUCAUAAUAGUCUUAUUGGUAUUCGACAACAAGUUAAACUAAAAGGUGGUUCAUUUUCAAUAAUUGAUUAUCCUUUACAAAUUUAUAAUCAAGAAAGUAAUCCAGACGAAGAUUGGUCUUUUCGUUGUGCUUGUCGUUCAUCACCGUGUCUAUCAUCUGAUAUGGAAUCCACUGUUCCAUAUUAUUGUCUAUUUGCAACGCCGGCAGAAAAUAAUUUUAAUGGACUUCGACCACCACUUGAUAAACUUUUAGGACCAUUUAUAAAUGCACGAGAAAAUCAAAUAAAAAAUUUUCCUAUACCAAUACAUCGAUAUCCAUCGGAAAAAUGUCAUUGGUUAACAUUAAUUGAUUGUGCAAAAUAUUUAUCAACAAAAUCAUUUUCACUUUCAUUGUAUCCAGUUGAUUUUGUUGUUUUAUCAUUUUAUAAAAUUUUUGGUUACCCAACUGGUUUAGGUGCAUUAAUUAUACGAAAUGAAUCAUUAAAAAUACUUAAUAAAGAAAAUUAUUUUGGUGGUGGUAGUGUAGAAUAUAUAUCACCAUAUGAUGAUUCACGUGUUGAAUAUAAAUCUGGUAUUAAUGGAUUUAUUCAUGGAACAAUUCCAUUUACAACAAUUCUUUCAAUUUCUCAUGGUUUUCAAUUAAUAACAUAUAAAUUAUCAUAUAAAUACAUAUCAUUACAUACACAAUGUUUAAUUGAUUAUUGUAGAAAUGAAAUGUUAAAAUUAAAUUAUUCAAAUGGACAAAAUCUUUGUUUAUUUUAUGAUGUAAGAAAUAAUUUCAUAUAUGAACAUGGUUAUUCAUAUGGACCAAUUUUAAAUUUUAAUUUAUAUAACAUACAUGGACAAUUUCUUUCUUGUCGUUUAAUUCAAAGAAUUGCUGCUGAUCAUAAUAUUAUUUUAAGAGUAGGAACAUUUUGUGCACCCGGUGCAAGUCAAGCUUAUCUUGGUUCAAGUAAAUCAUUCGAAAAUAGUCAUGUAUGUCGUCGUGGACUUUUUUGUGGUACAAAUACUGAUGGUGAAGAUGUUUUAGAUUCUGGUCAUCAACCAUUAGGUAGUAUUCGUUUAAGUCUUGGUUGGAUGAGUCGAUAUGAAGAUAUUCAAUGUUGGAUUAAUUUUCUUCGUCAAAUUAUUUUACAAGGUAUUGGAAUUGCGUCUUUAUUAUCAUCUUUAUCAAUAAAUAAUGGAUAUAAUGAAGAAAUAAAUUUAAUUUUAACUCAUAUUUAUAUUUAUCCAAUAAAAUCUUGUGGUUCAAUAUCGGUUAAAGAAUGGCCAUUAACAUCAAUAUCAUUUUUAUAUGAUCGUGAAUGGAUAAUUAUUGAUCAAAAUUUAAAUCCAUUAACACUUAAACGUUUACCAUCUUUAUCACAAAUAAAACCAUUUAUUAAUUUAAAACAAAAUCAACUUAUACUCAAUGCAAAUAAUCAUCCAUCAUUUAUUAUUGAUAUUAAUAAUGAUUCGACAAUAAUUAAAUCAACUGUAAAUUUAAAUGAUGGAAUAAUGUGUCAUGUUUAUGGUGGUGAAAUUGAACAAUGGUUAAUUCAAGUUUUAGGUAUUUAUGCAACAUUAGCUCGUCGUACAACAGAUAGCCAAAUGACAUUAGCAAAUGAAGGUGCUUUUCUUCUUGUACAUGAAGAAAGUGUUAGACAAAUUAGAACGAAUUUAAUUGAAAAUGAAAAAAUAACACAUGAACGUUUUCGACCAAAUUUAGUUGUUAAUAAACAAUAUAUGAAUCAAUCAUAUUCAGCUUAUAGUGAAGAUUUAUGGAAACGUUUAAUUAUUUUAAAUGAAUAUAAUAUUGAAUUGAAAACAAUUGGUUUAUGUCAACGAUGUUCAAUAGUUAAUAUUGAUCCAUUAACUGGAAAUAAUCGAAGUCAUCUUUUUACUCGUUUACAAACACAACGAAGAGAAAUAAAUUCAUUAAGAGCAAAUUUUGGAAUUUUAUUGAAUCUUUCAAAAAUAUAUGAUCACGCUUUUAUUCGUGUCGGAGAUCGUAUUCAAGUUUUUCAAUAA